ACGGUCGAUACACUAGGAUUUUUAUAGUUGUGCAGGAGCACAAAGUGAGCUGAUUGUGUGAACUUCCAGGUAAAACUGCAAACCGUCUCAAGCUCACAUCUCCAGCUCAUGAUACUCAGGUCUUCUCCUCUUUAAGCCCUCGGGGCUGCUCCUCCAGGCUUUGAUGCCCUCACUCUUUGAAGCAGGUGGACAGACGCAGGCAUGAGUAACAGUGGGACCAAAGAGCCGUCUCCCCAGUCGAGCACUGCCCAGUCACCUCCUGAGCCUCAGCGCAGAGGCAGGGGUCGGCCACGGAAACAGCAGCAGGAGCCUGUUGGACCACCAACUCCAAAGCGACCGAGAGGACGACCAAAAGGCAGCAAGAACAAAGGCCCCAGAACUGCACUGAAGAAAGUGGAGCCCGUUGGGGAGAAACGACCACGUGGGCGACCAAGGAAAUGGCCCCAGAAAGUAGUUCAAGUAGCUGAAAAGCAGCAGGGCUCUUCAGAAGAGGCUGAAGAGGGUCCCUCGCAGCUCGAGCCCUCAACAUCUCAGGUUCCAGCGCAGGAGGAAGGGGAGUAGACAGGGUGCCUCUCUACCUACCUCAAGGUUUGGCCUCAAACAAACAGGGGUACUGUCUGACUCCUAUCGGUGACUGGGUUUCAUAAACAAACACACACACACACAUACACACACACACACAAUCAUUGCAGUGGUUUCUGCUCCCGACCGGAUAUUGUAUCCUGGUUUUAUUGGUUCACUGUAAGAGUUUGGUGAACAAACUCUGUUUUAACAUUGAAUAAUUAAAUCUUUGGACAUGUUUUUUAAGGGAAUAGUUCACCUUUUUGGGAAAUACGCUUAUUCACUUUCCGGCCGGGAGUUGCAUUAGAAGAUUGAUAAGAUUGUGUGUGAGGUAGAGCUAUUGUAAACAGCUAGUUAGCUUAGCUUAGCACAAAACUGGAAACAAAUAGAAAUAGUUAGCCUGGCUCUGUCCAAAGGUAACAAAAUCUACUUACCAGCACCUCUAAAGCGCUGCUCAUUAAUUAACAAGUUGUUUGAUAAGUACACAAAGUGGAAAAAUGCCUUUUUUUGUUUACAGAGGGCAUGUGCCUUUGAGUUUUAAAGGUGCUGGUAGGUGGGUUUUGUUUGUUUCCAGUCUUUAUGCUAAGCUAAGCAUUCUUCGUUGUAUCAAUCUUGUCAUCUAAUUCCAGGCGAGAAUGCAGAGAAGCAUAUUUACCAAAAAACUAUUGCGUUAAGGAUGCCUGCUUGAUGGACAGACUUGCGGGUUAAAAUGAGAGGGGGGCGGGGGGGGUUAUUGAAACAUGUUUUUAAAGUGUCAUGAAUCCUCACGUGAAAUGGGAGCAAGACAGUGACAUUUUUCGCAAUGUUACAACAUAAACAUGGUGCUCUGACUUGAAGAUUCGUAGACUUGAAGAGUUUUCUUCCAAAAUGAAAUAUCCAAUUUUGGAGGGGAGAAAGAUCUUAUGUUCUUUGCUCAGAAUAAAAAAUGCAAAGAAUUACAUUAGAUCAAUUGUCAAUUUAACCAAGAGUUCGGUUUUACCUUCCAACCAGCAGCAAGAAAAAAAACACCCAAAGGUUUAAAUGGAUGUCUCAUUUUUGGAAAGAAACCCUUCAUAAAUACUUUAGUCAGCAACAGCGUUGACGUGUCAUUUUACCACACUCAGGAUUUUACUAUUACAGUGCUUUUACACCAUAUUGAAACCUCAGGUACAAAGCUAUUCAGGAACAUGCUGUCAGUCUACUCAGUAAUUAUUGUGCUGUGUUUGUUGUGCAUUUCUGAUCUGUAUUUGACAUUACCAGUAUGCCUUGACAAAAAGACCUCAUUUAAACCUCAGUUGUCCUCAGCUUCUUAAUCUCUCAUACUACCUCAGUAACACAAAAGAUCUCCAACUAAGUAACUCUCCACUCCCUCAACAGCAACGCCCUAGACACACAAACACACACACACACACACACACACACGCACACGUUCAUUUGCAGAUACACAACACAGACAGGCAAAGGGUUUUCAAGCCUACAUACAAACACAAAGAAUUUGUACAAUUACAGAUAAAAGCCGCAGUGUCAUUUAUUUUAAAAACAACUGUAUUUGUUAAAAGCUGAAGUGAGACUUGGUUUAUUCUCCUGGGAAAUAAAAGUCAGCCAAUCUGAUAAAAUACUUUCUUUUAGGGUGUAGUUCCUUAUGAAUUUCUUUUCUUUUUUUUGGGGGGGGGGGGCUGUUCUGUUACUCAUUUCUCAUUUUUACUACUUCAUGUAUUUUCUGACUUGUACACUGUAAAUUGUAUGUGUGAUACUCUUAAUUUGUGUGAUUUGAAAGGAAGGGCAGCAAAUGACCACACAGUGCUGAAAUACAUGUCCCUUAUAUGGUAAACAACAAGACAACAGAACAACAGAUAUCUUAUGAAUGACAAUGUCUGAAUCAACAUGGUUAAUAGCAAACACUGCAUCAGUAACCUUAUCUUUGUUUUACCAAUUUAUGACAAAAAAGGGUCCACGUUCUUCCUACCUUUCCUAUUUGGCUAUCAAAAGGUAGUAUGACGAGUGAAUGCAAAAAUAGUGUAAUAGAAGCAUGAGUAGAAACAAAAUAUAAACUGACUCAGUAAAAGUGUUUAUUAGUAACAUCUUCCUACCAAGUGACCAAAUGAGGCUGUUGCAGGAAACCCCCUGACUGUGUUAAAUUUUAGUGUAAAAUUGUGUAAAAAUUGUGUACAAAACCACACUUUAAGGUUAACUCAUU